AUGAAGACUUAUGCUGUGGUCUGGGUCGACCCGCUCCGAAAGAUGACCACACGGGUUGAUCAGUUAAACGACGCGAAUCCCAUUUGGGAUGAUAAGUUUGUGUUUCGUGUUGAUGAUAAGUUCUUGUCUGCUCCCGAUUCUGCUUUGGAGGUUGAGAUUUACGCCGCCGCUUGGACCAGAGAUGCUCUCAUCGGAACCGUACGAGUCCUCGUCAGUGAUCUCCUGGCCGUUUCAAAAUCAACCCGGUUCACCCCUAAUCAUAACAAUAAAACGAUGAGAUUUAUGGAGUUGCAGGUGUGGAGGCCCUCCGGUCGGCCACAAGGGAUGGUGACAAUGGGGGUCGCUCUGCUCGACAGCACGCUGCGUAGCAUGCCGUUGGCGACGGAGCAAAUGGUGAGCAGCUUUCGAGGCGAGAAGAAUAUUCAAAACCCUAAACAUAUAAAGGAUCAGAUAGCUCAUAAUUACCACGCCAUUAAUGAAGACAGUGUACCGAGAAGACUACGCCGCUCGCACAGCGAUCAGACGGAGUUAACGACGAGCGAGGUAAGCGGCUGCACGUACACAAAUACGACGACGUCGGCGAUCACCGCGUCGGCGAUUACCGUAUCGGUUAUCCCAUCGGCGGUGGAAAAAGGCGGAGAGAGCAUCGUGAACUCCGACUUGGGACCUUCAGCGUCGGUGGUAGCGGAGGCGAUCGCGAAGGCGAUGUAUUUGAAGCAGAAGGCAGCGGAGACUAGUACUGGAUCAGAAAGCGACGUAGUUGUGAAGACGGAGAAGCAGGAGAAACGUAGGGGUAAAACGGCGUCGUCUUCGAGAGGAAAGGAAGAUCAUAAACAAGAAAAGAGAGAGAGGAGGCGGCGGCGGCGGCGGGAGAGGGAGACCGGACGAGGGCUUUUCUCGUGUUUUGGGAGUGUGUUCGGGCUAGAGAUUUCGAUCACGUGCGGCGGACAUAAGAGCCCGAAGAAAAAGUCAAAGUCAAACAAAGUAUGCAAUCUUAGCUCUGUAGACGGAUACAGCCUAUCAAAUACUGGAGUGUGA